UCCAACCUGGAAGGUAGAGCCAGAGGAUGCGUCAGUGGUUGUUGGAGAAGACCUGUUGCUGCCUUGUGCCGCCAACGGGUCUCCGACGCCCACGAUCACUUGGCGCAGGGCGGAAGGCGCUGUUCCAAGGCAAUACCGCCCUGUGACUUCCCUUGGAGAUAAUGUCAGAGUGAGUUCCAACAGCAGCCUCAUAGUGCAGAACAUUAAGAGGAACCAGGGAGGAGAGUUUCUGUGCAGUGCUUCGAAUGAUGUCGGGUCAGACCUUUCUAAAUCUAUAAGAGUUACUGUAAGAGUGCACCGCAGUUUGCAGAACAUGAAGAGAACGUCACCGUCUCAGCUGGGCGAAGGGCACUCCUGCAAUGCGACGCGUACGGUGAUCUUCCAAUAACUGUUACAUGGACAACUGGCGAUCCACCUGCAAGGAUUCUUGGAUGAACGUUGGCCGCAUGAAGACCGUAGAAGUAAGCAAGCCUAUCGCCCGCAUCGAUAAUCUCAUGCCCGCCCAGGCCUACCUAGUUCGAGUAGUUGGAAUCAACAGCGUGGGCGCCUCCAAGCCAAGCCCGGAGGUACGCAUCUCCACCGCCCACGAGCCCCCGACCGCCACGCCGACCAAUGUCCGAAUUAUACCGCUCUCGUCCACAAGCUUAAGGGUUACAUGGCAGCCUCCAGACACGGUCAUGGCGCAGAGAGCGAGUCUUGGCUAUUACGUGGGCUAUAAGGUGGCUAAUUCCUCGGAGCCAUUUCGUUACCAGAAUCUCGAUCCUUCGCCAACCAUCGUCUACCGACCUGAGGUUACCCUGAAGGCCCUCCAGAAAUUCACGAGUUAUGAGGUCACCGUCCAAGCCUUCAAUUCUGCUGGAGCCGGACCACGAACGGCGCCGAUCACGUCAACGACAGAGGAGGAUGUUCCUAGUGAGGCUCCACGCGACGUGCACUGCAGCAGUUUGUCUUCUACAUCUAUUCUCGUGCGCUGGACGCCACCGCCUCCUACUUCGCUGCACGGUAUUCUUCAAGGCUACAAACUAGUUUACCGGCCAGUUCACCGAAAUAGAUUUUUCCAUCCUGAUGAUGUAAACGAGAAAACUGUCGUGACUUUAUCCUCAUCACUGCUAGGCUUAGAUCGGUACACUAAUUAUAGUGUUACGGUCGCAGCUUACACAAGAAGGGGAGAUGGUGUUCGAUCUGAUCCGGUGUACUGCGUCACAAAAGAAGACGUUCCUGGGCCUAUUGAAUCUGUGAAAGCACUAGCGGUUGAUGGUCAGAGUGUCCUGGUGGCGUGGCGUCCUCCCAAGGCACCCAACGGGGUCAUUACAAAAUAUACGGUGCAUCUGAGUCACCCGGACCAACAGGAUGCCUCUAGAACAUCGUGGGGCAACAGCGGCGGAGGAAGUGGGUCUUGGUCCGUUCCUGGUUCUCGCAGCCCUUCGGGUUCAUCAUGGGAAAGCAGAAGCUCUGCUGGCAAUAGUGACAACAUAGGCCGCUCGUGGGUGGUUUCAGGUUCCGAGCGUCAGUAUUUGGUGGCAGGCCUUGCAGCAGCCAGCGCCUACGGCUUCACUGUCCGAGCUUCGACCUUGGUCGGCGAAGGGCCCGCGGGCAGAAUGGUCAUUCAGAGGCCGCGGCAAGACGCCUCGGCUGCCAUUGCCUCAUUUUCUGAUAAAACAACAGCUGUCUGGGGAGAGGAAAUGCGCCUUGCGUGUCGCGUUGUUGGAAAUCCUUCGCCAACUCGAACCUGGACAUUCAACGGGAAAGUGAUAUCCUCCAAUAACCAAAGAAUGAAGGAAUACCCGGAUGGAAGUUUGCUAAUCACUGACGUAAACGCGCAAGACGCCGGAAACUACACUUGCACAGCGUCGAAUAUUCACGGCUCUGACAUCAUCACUUACACCCUCACUGUUCAAGUCCCUCCAUCGCCACCGCUAGCCUAUGUAUCUGAUGUUACUUCCACAACACUGACUGUUCGUUGGCGCACAACAAAUAAUGGUGGCGCCUUAAUCCUAGGGUACUAUCUCUACGAAAAACGUGAAUUUGGUGAAUGGCGUCGGAUAGAAGUACCUGCCGUAGCAGAUUCGUACACAUUAACUGGACUUCAGUGCGGUACACGGUACCAAGUCUAUGUUACUGCCUACAACCAUGUGGGAGCAUCGCAGCCGAGUGAUGCCAUACCUACUAAAACAUUAGGUCGAGAGCCAAUAGUACCCACCCAGUCUUCCCUUCUCCGUGUUAAUGUGACCUCCAUCAGCCUCAACCUGGCAGCGUGGCUCGACGGCGGGUGCCCCAUCACCUCCAUGGUGGUGGAAUAUAAGGAGCGAGGUUUGGCUUCCUG